UUUCUGGCUUUCUGAAACAAAGGAAAGAGAGCAAACCAUCGGCAAGAAGGCACACUCUGAACACACAAUGUACCCGGGAUUUAGCAAGGCUUCAGGACCAACAGGACCGCCGGGAUCGCGGCCACUAUUCGGAAACUUCGGCAGCGCUCGGCCGCCUUCGCCUUCUCCGCCGACCAACCCUCCUUUUUCCAGCGCUGUUCCGCUGCGUUCUCCGUCCAGGGGGCCUGAAGCUCUAGGUCCUUUGGCCUUUGAAAGAGCUCGUUCUGCUGCGAGUCAUCCUUACCCGUCUGAAGGAGUCCGUAGGGGGCCUGAAGCUCCAGGGCAGCUGUAUUCUCCUCCUUUAGGCUUUGGAAGAGUUCUUCCUGCUGCGAGUCAACCUUACCCUUCUGCAGGAGUCCAUGGGGGGCCUGAAGCUCCAGGGCAGCUGCAUUCACCUCAUUUGGCCUUUGAAAGAGCUCGUCCUGGUGCAAGUCAUUCUUACCCAUCUGCAGGAGUCCAUAGGUCCACAGAUUCUCAUCCUACUUGGGAUGGUGGGCAGGGAUCAUCCUUUAAGAAUUAUGAUACCCAGGCUCAUCAAAGGACAUCUGCCGUCACAUCAUUUGUUGUUUCUCGUAAUUCUGGAACUAGUGUUACUGCCAAGGUGUCCAGAUUCCAAGACACUAAAGAGAUCAGAUCACCUCCCUUUCUGUCUAAAGAUGUCAAUUUCAGAAAUUCCACUCAAGGUGUCCCUAGAAGUCACUUAGUUUCUCCGAGAAUACGAUCGCCUCCCUUGGUCUCUUAUGAGGAUUUGCAUCCUUCUGUUGGAGUUGAAGAUCGCUUAGUUUCUCCAAGAAUACGAUCACCACCCUUGGUCUCUUAUGAGGAUUUGCAUCCUUCUGUUGGAAUUGAAGAGCAUGCAUUUCCCUCGUCUGAAGUGGAUAGUUGUCGGGAGUUACUUGAUCAUGCUGAAUUGCGGGCUCCUCAAGAACCUUCUCUAGUAGCACCUUUUGAUGGGCCUUAUGGUACUGGUAGAAAUUUUCCUCUGAAACAUGACAAUGGUCAAGUCCCGAAAAGAACAAGGCCUUCUGUAUCUCCUAUUGGGUUCAAUAGUAGAUCAAAUACCAGUUUUAGUACUCCUGAUUCUCAGGUACACAAAAAGUCUUUGCAAUCUGCAAGCAAUACUAUUUCUGAAGCUGCUGCAAGAAAUUUGACCAGCGUCCCGGUGGCCAAAAGAACAAGGUCACCUCCUUUACUUCCCGAGGAUCAAGUGUUUCACGGAAACUCUUAUGCCACUCAAGAUGGUACUGAACGAGAAAUGCAAGCCAAAGCUAAGCGGUUAGCCCGGUUCAAGGUUGAAUUAAGUAAAACUCCACAAAACAAUCCUGAUAUUGUAGAGCCAGGGGUUUCUGCAAAUAGACAUGAGCUAUCUAAUGUUGAGAGGAACAAAUUAGCUGCAUAUAAAUCUACCGAACUGGCUAUGGAUGGUACUGAUGGCAAUGCGUUACCUGAGGAUGAAGGCGUGGAGUCGUCUGGUAUCAUUAUUGGGUUGUGCCCGGAUAUGUGUCCUGAGUCAGAAAGGGCAGAACGAGAAAGGAAAGGGGAUCUUGACCAAUAUGAGCGCUUGGAUGGGGAUAGAAAUCAAACCAGCAUGUCCCUUGCUGUUAAAAAGUAUAACAGAACAGCUGAGCGAGAUGCAAACCUGAUACGACCAAUGCCGAUCCUGCAGAGGACAAUUGAUUAUUUGCUCAAUUUGCUUGAUAAGCCUUACAAUGAUAGGUUUCUUAGCAUAUACAACUUCCUAUGGGAUCGAAUGCGAGCAAUUCGAAUGGACUUGAGAAUGCAGCACAUUUUUAACCAAGAGGCUAUUACUAUGCUGGAGCAAAUGAUAAGACUUCACAUAAUUGUCAUGCAUGAAUUAUGUGAAUACUCAAGAGGAGAGGGCUUUUCUGAGGGAUUUGAUGCACACCUCAAUAUCGAACAGAUGAAUAAAACAUCUGUUGAAUUGUUCCAAUUGUAUGAUGAUCACAGAAAGAAAGGAAUAAACAUUCCUACAGAAAAAGAGUUUCGAGGUUACUAUGCCCUUCUCAAGCUGGACAAGCAUCCUGGGUACAUGGUUGAACCUGCAGAGCUCUCACUUGAUCUUGCAAAGAUGACUCCAGAAAUAAGACAAACUUCAGAGGUGCUAUUUGCGCGUGAUGUAGCUAGAGCUUGCAGAACUGGUAAUUUUAUAGCUUUCUUUCGACUUGCUAGGAAAGCAAGUUACCUCCAAGCUUGCCUAAUGCAUGCUCACUUCUCAAAGUUACGAACCCAGGCACUUGCUUCUAUACAUGCAGGUCUCCAGAAUAACCAAGGCCUCCCUAUUGCGGAUGCUGCCAAGUGGCUGGCAAUGGAGGAAGAUGAAAUUGAAAGCCUUUCAGAGUAUCACGGGUUUGCAAUAAAGUCAUUCCAAGAGCCAUAUAUUGUGAAGGAAGGCCCAUUUCUCAAUGUUGAUGAGGAUUAUCCUACCAAGUGUUCUAAACUGGUCGAUAUGAAAAAGUCAAGAAGGAUAGUCGAGGAUGUUUCGGGUUCUAGUCAAGUCAUAUCCUUGUCUUCUGAAGCAACAAAAGAAAUUCUGAUGACUAAGACAAAGAAGCCUGAACCAAAAAAUAUUUCAUAUGUUGAAAAGGAAAGUCCUGCUCGUCAUGUCCCAGCCAUUGAAGUAACAAAAUCUGUUAGUGAAGUUGAUGAAAAAAGGCCUAAUUUUGAAGAUGUUUCAUCCCCAAAAGAUAUCAGACAAAAGAAGCAAAUGAUUCAAGCACCAAUUUUUUCAUCUCCAGAAGAUGUCAGACAAAAGCAGCAAACGAUUCAAACACCAAUUUUUCGUCAAUACAGUGAAGGUCCCCGUAGGGCAUCUGCUGUGUCUCCUUCCUUGUGGGCUUUCUCAUCAUUUACACCCCAGCCUGAUAAAGUUGAUACCAUGGAGAAGCCAAACUAUGAUGCUCUUUUUAGUAACUCUCCAGAGGGACGCAUGCAUUCUGGAAUGGAACAAAUGCCAUUGCAAAUUGAGUCAAAAAAAGCUGUACAAGAGAGAUCAUCUGUUGGUACAUAUAGUUCCAGUAUGGAAUAUCCAGUUUUCCAAAAUAUGGUCACCGAUAAGUUGGAAGACAAGGAAAUUCCAGACCUCCGUCAGGUAGAUGAAAACAAUGAUGUUAUGGCGAAUUCUCAACAGGAAGAAAUUGAGGAGGCAAAACUCAAAUUGAUGCUAAGAUUAUGGAAGCGACGUUCUCUGAAGCUAAGAGCACUGCGAGAGAAAAAGCAGUUAGCAGCAAAUGCUGCAUUGAAUUCUUUAUCAUUGGGGCCACCAAUUCAACUCAAGAGAGAUCAACCAAGCACUUCUGGCGAGUUUGACAUUGAUCUCGUUUUGAGGGAGAGAUAUAAAAAGCAUGGUCAGUCAUGGUCAAGACUUAAUGUUUCAGAUGUAAUAGCAGAUAUACUAGGCAGAAGAAACCCGGAUGCUAGAUGCCUAUGCUGGAAAACUGUUGUAUGUUCUCAGAUGAACAAUCUAGAAGGUGAUGAACUGGGGCAGAGGAGCCAUGUCUCAGGAGCAGCCCCCUGGUUGCUUUCAAAGCUCAUGCCUUCGGCAAAUGAUGUGGACGAUGAUGAUGAGGAUCUUGUAAUUUCAUCCCCUGGUGUCUCAAUAUGGAAGAAAUGGGUUCGUGACCAAUCUGGUUCAGAUCUGAACUGCUGUUUGUCUGUGGUCAAGGAUGCAAGUUCUGAUAAUCCAAGUGAAAGUGUAUCCGGUGCAAGUGCUAUUUUGUUUCUUACAUCUGAAAGCAUCCCUUGGAAAUUGCAAAAAGACCGUCUUCGUAAUCUUCUGAUGUCGAUACCUUACGGUUCCUGUUUGCCCCUUCUGAUCUUAAGUGGCUCAUACAAGAACAAUGUUGAUGACUCCACUAUUGUCGAUAAUUUGGGUCUCCAUGACUUGGAUAAGUCACGAAUAAGCAGCUUUCAUGUUGUUCCGCUUGUUGAAAACCAAUGGGAUGGGUUUUUCAGUGACAACCGACUUAGGGAAGGGCUACGAUGGCUUGCAAGUGAAUCGCCCCUUCAACCCAUUCUUCAUCAUGUGAAAACACGCGAACUCAUUCUUACCUACUUGAAUUCUUCAUUGGAGCCACUAGACAAAAUGAAAGAUUAUGAAGUAGGUCCAGACAACUGUAUCCUUGCCUUCAACGAAGCCUUGGAUUGGUCACAGAAGAAAAUUGCUGCUGCUGUGGAAUCAAAUCCAUCCAGUUGGCCUUGCCCCGAGAUUGCUUUGCUAGAGGAGUUCAGUGAUGAGUACAGGUUUGUAAAUUGGUGCCUGCCAAUUGUAGGAUGGAGCUCGUCGGAAAAAGUUGAAUCACUAAUGUCGGCUCUAGGGGAUUGUAGACUUCCAACGUUUCCCGACACUAUUUCGUGGCUAGCCAGAUGUAAUGCAGGAAAUGAGAUUGAAAACCUGAGAGAUGAACUUGAAAAUGGCUUGAUUGAAUACCUGACGCAUUCAAGUAAGAUGAUGGGACCUGCACUUGCUAUAAAAGAGGCACAUGUUAUGCUACAAAGAAGCUGCCGACUUGAGCGCCAUGACUCGUGCUGCUAUAUAGUUCCGAAUUGGGUUAUCAUCUUCCGACGAAUUUUCAACUGGCGGUUAAUGGGUUUAGCCAAUGGGGCGUUCUCUUCAGCUUAUGUCUUCGAAAGUCCUCGUCUUAACACAGUUUCUGGGAACCUGGGUAAGUUGGGGCUUGAAGAUACCGGACCUUCGCUCUCUUACCUUAAUCAGCCGACUCUGGAUGAAGUCAUCGAAGUUGGGUGCGGCCCUCUUUCAUCCCAUAGAGGGCGGCCCUUGCUAGAAUCGGGUCUAGCACUUCGUGAAACAUCUCCUGAUGGUGAAAUCCACGAGACCCCGAAUGCAAAUGACUGGAUGGAGGAUGAACGAAGUUUAGCGCACGAUGGUGAAGCGGAAAUAGAAAACGUAUCCCACGAAAAUGGGAGGUUGGAGAAUGCUGGCAGAGAAAUGGUGGUGACUGGAGAAGCGACCAAGGGAGCUGAAAAAUUAAGCAUAUUGCUAGUACAGUGUAACAUGUUACAGAAUGUGAUAGACGAGAAGCUGUCCUUUUAUUUCUAAUUUUCUAACGGUUUUUGUACGAAUUUUCAAACGACUUGAGUUAAUUUACUUGAAAUAUAACCGUUAGAUUUCCAUCUUUCAA